AUGUUUAGUAGAAAAGAACAUCUUACAAAACAUAUGAGAGUACAUACAGGAGAUAAACCAUAUCAAUGUUCAGAGUGUCUGAAAGGUUUUAGUGUAAAAAGCAGUCUUGUGUCACAUAUGAGAGUACAUACAAGAGAUAAACCAUAUCAAUGUUCUGAGUGUCUGAAAUGUUUUAGUAUAAAAAGCAGUCUUGUGUCACAUAUGGGAGUACAUACAGGAGAUAAACCAUAUCAAUGUUCAGAGUGUCUGAAAUGUUUUAGUGUAAAAAGAUAUCUUGUCAAACAUAUGAGAGUACAUACAGGAGAUAAACCAUAUCAGUGUUCUGAGUGUCUGAAAUGUUUUAGUAUAAAAAGUACUCUUGUGUCACAUAUGAGAGUACAUACAGGAGAUAAACCAUAUCAAUGUACUGAGUGUCUGAAAUGUUUUAGUAUAAAAAGAAAUCUUGUGACACAUAUGAAACUACAUUCAGGAGACAAGCCAUAUCAAUGUUCUAAGUGUCUGAAAUGUUUUAGUCAAAAAGGCAGUCUUGUGACACAUAUGAGAGUACAUACAGGAGAUAAACCAUAUCAAUGUUCAGAGUGUCUGAAAUGCUUUAGUGUAAAAGGCAAUCUUGAGAAACAUAUGAGAGUACAUACAGGAGAUAAACCAUAUCAAUGUUUAGAGUGUCUGAAAUGUUUUAGUAUAAAAAGCAGUCUUGUGUCACAUAUGAGAGUACAUACAGGAGAAAAACCAUAUCAAUGUUCUGAGUGUCUGAAAUGUUUUAGUGAAAAAAGUUAUCUUGUGAAACAUACGAGAGUACAUACAGGAGAUAAACCAUAUCAAUGUUCAGAGUGUCUGAAAUGUUUUAGUAUAAAACGCAGUCUUGUGUUACAUAUGAGAGGACAUACAGGAGAUAAACCAUAUCAGUGUUCAGAGUGUCUGAAAUGUUUUAGUAUAAAAAGCAGUCUUGUGACACAUAUGAGAGUACAUACAGGAGAUAAACCAUAACAAUGUUUAGUGUCUGAAAUGUUUUAGUAUAAAAAGCAGUCUUGUGUCACAUAUGAGAGUACAUACAGGAGAUAAACCAUAUCAAUGUUCAGAGUGUCUGAAAUGUUUUAGUAUAAAAAGAUAUUUUGUGAAACAUAUGAGAGUACAUACAGGAGAUAAGCCAUAUCAAUGUUCUGAGUGUCUGAAAUGUUUUAGUGAGAAAAGCAGUCUUGUGACACAUACAAGAGUACAUACAAGAGAUAAACCAUAUCAAUGUUCUGAGUGUCUGAAAUGUUUUAGUAAAAAAAGCAGUCUUGUGAAACAUACACGAGUACAUUCAGGAGAUAAAACACAUUAGUGUUUAAUGCUUCAAAAAUAUUUUAGUUAUAAACUCAUCAGAAUAUAUAAAAUGGAUAUACCCUAACAGUGUUGAGAGUGAAAUAUGUUAAUGAAAUGUCAGUCAUAUAAAUCUUAUAAAUUCAUAGAGGAGAUAAGUUGUAUUAAUGUUCAGAAUAUCUUAUAUAUUUUAUAAAAAGAGCAGACUUAUGUAUUCACAAGAGGUAAUAUAGAGCAUAAACAAUAUAUAUGGAAAAUACUGUAAGGUCAAGACUGUAAUCUGCUUACUGCAGUAAUCAAGAAUUCUGAAGUGAAAUAUUCGAAGAAUAACAGUAGUGAAAUAUUCAGUGAACAACACUAGUGAAAUAUUCUGCAAGGGGUUGGUAGCUUUAAGACAAGCCAAUAAAUGAACAGUACUUCCCAUCUCCAGGACUUGAGUCCUGGAAAUGGAAAGUACAGUGCCUGCACUCUGAAGGAGGGGUGUUAAUGUUGCAGUUUAAAAACUGUAGUGUAAAGCACCCUUCUGGCAAGAUAGUGAUGGAGUGAAUGAUGGUGAAAGUUUUUCUUUUUCUGGCCACCCUGCCUUGGUGGGAAUCGGCCAGUGUGUUAAUAAAAAAAAUAAAUACUAAGCUACUUACGACAGCUCAGUGUCCUGCAUCUGCCUCUAGAACAUUAUAUGGAGCCGAUA